GCCAUGGAAGUUCUUGAAUGGAGGUUGGUCCACGUCUCCUCGUGCUCUUAUCUUGUGUCCUAUUUCUCCAUUAUUUCAGCAACCUAUUGCCUUCAAUUUACUUUCAACUUCAUCCCCUCAUGGCCUCACACAAUGACGAUAUCCUCCAUGAUUUCCCGCCUUUCUUCAAAGUCUUCAAAGACGGUCGAAUCCUGAGGCAUGACUCCUUCGACGGCGCCAACGCCCCUAUCGUCCCGCCCGGCGUAGAUCCCCUCACCGGAAUUCAAACCAAAGACGUCGUCUUCUCGCCUGAAUCCGGCGUCUCCGCCCGAAUUUUUCUCCCCAGUCUUGCUCAACACUCUUCAUCACACAAAUUGCCGCUUCUGGUUCACUACCAUGGCGGAGGCUUCUGCAUCGGGUCGGCUCUUGACGUAAUCACUCACAGAUACAUCACUUCUCUCGUCACUCUCACCAGCGCCGUCGUUGUUUCCGUUGAAUACAGACUCGCACCAGAAAACCCUCUCCCCAUAGCCUACGACGAUUCGUUUGCGGCGUUGCAGUGGAUCGCGUCUCACUCAACCAGGCGAGGACCCGAGCCCUGGCUCAACCAGUAUCCGGACCUCGAUCGGGUUUUCAUAACCGGAGAGAGCGCCGGCGCCAACAUUGCCCAUCACGUGACGGUCCGAGCUGGCGCCACGGGAUUGGCUGGCGUAAAGAUAGUUGGAAUGAUUCUACUGCACCCGUUUUUUGGGACAAGCGAGGAAGAUAAGAUGUACAGGUUUAUGUGCCCGACGAGUUCGGGUCGGGAUGAUGACCCCAAGUUGAACCCGGGAGAAGAUCCGAAUCUCAGCAAGAUGGGAUGUGAGAAGGUGCUGGUUUGUGUGGCUGGGAAAGAUGGGCUGAAAGAGAGGGGGGUGAAGUACUAUGAGACGUUGAGGAAGAGUGAAUGGGGCGGUCGGGUGGAUCUGAUUGAAUCCGAAGGAGAGGACCAUUGCUUUCACAUGUUCAACCCGAAUAGUGAGCGGGUGGGCCCGCUUUUUAAUCUCAUUGCCGAGUUUGUAAUGAAGUACUAGAGUUCUGUGGUUCAGGUUCUUGUUCCGGGGUGGUGUGGCCGAAUCUUGGACUAUUUCAAUGCUUAAGGAGACAUAUUGUUUUUUUA